ACGCAGCAGUUGCAAGAGCGGCAAUGUUUCGCCCGCGGGGGCCUGUACACGUUGCAGGUCUCGCAGUACCGCCAACCGUGGAGCUGCCCCUCUCUGCUUCUCAAAUCUCUUUCUUGCCCUUCUCUCAGGUCUCUCGUCAUCGUCGAUACCUUUACAGGACAAGGAAGAGGAGCAACAUCGUGCAUCGGACUGGUGGGUGGCG